UUUAUUAUACAAUAAUCGUUAAAUUUUAAAUAAUGGCUGCAUUGAUGAAAAAAAGAGUUUUAGCUGAAUUUAACCAGAGUCAAGUAAUAACAACAGAGCCACCUAUUAAACGUCUCAAGACUUUAAGGCUCUUAUCGUCUGGUAGUGGAAAGAAUGGUUCAAUCAGUAAAGGGAGUUCGGCGCUGGCUUACGUAGAAUGUUUAGAAAAAUGUAAAAGUGGUAACGAUGCUUUACAGUUACUGGUUCGAAUAUCGGAUACCAUUGGACAAAUGGCUCUCGACGAUAUUCCAACUGUAGUUAGAAAGUUGUCGGAAAGAUUUACUAUCGAACAAGAGGCUGCGGUUCGAGCAAAAAUUCUUUGGGUCUUUGCUGAAUUGGGUGAAUUAACCCACGAUUCGGUAGAAAAAGCACAAAUUAUAAAUGAAUCGGCGAAUCUCUUAAAAAAUGAAGAGUCGCAUAGGGUGAAGAGUCAAGGUCUUGCCACGCUGUUAAAAUUAGGAGAAUAUAAUAGGAUGUUAGUUUUAAAAAUUGCCAGGGAUCAUUUAGCAGAUACUUGGCAUGGCGUUCAGACGAGAUGCCUAUCCAUAAUAGGUCGUUAUUUAUCUGCUAACGCAGUCGACGAUACUUUGGUUUUAGUCAAUAAUUAUGCCAAGUCGCAAGAUCCAAGAGUGAGGGCACAAGCGUUUGAAACAAUGGCAGAACUUCAUUUACACAGAGGUUGUCGCCUUCCCGCAAGUUUCUUUCAAGAAGCUUGUCAAUGCUUACGCGACGAUUACGAAAUAGUUAGGCGGGCUGUUUUAAAAUUAAUUUGGCUGUUGGGAAAUGAAUAUCCUGAAAAUAUGAUAUCCGGAGGAAGGGACUUUGUCGAGGACAUGCGAAUGGUGGACAGUGCAUUUUGUAAGAUAUGUGGCCUUAUGGGGGACCUAUCUCCACGAGUAAGAGCUUUGGCAAUGUCUUUACUUGGCUCGUUAAAAGGUGUGUCGCGUCGUCAUAUAGAACAAGCAUUGGAUAAAAAGCAAAUACGAGUCGAAGACGAAGGUCUUGGCGUCGAAGAGAGGACUGGAAUAAAUACCUGUGGCGCAUUUAUUCAUGGUCUUGAGGAUGAAUUUUUGGAAGUAAGAACAGCAGCUGUCGAAUCAUUGUGCGCAUUAUCAUUAGAGAGACCGGGUAUCGCACAUAUUUCCCUAGAAUUUAUGGUAGACAUGUUCAAUGAUGAAAUUCAAGAUGUACGCUUGAAGGCUAUAGAGUCAUUAAGAAAAAUGUCGGCUAGUGUUACUCUGAGCGAAGACCAACUCGAAACGAUUUUAGGAGCUCUCGAAGAUUUUUCUGGCGAAGUUAGAGAAGGUCUGCACACGACAUUGGGAGCAAGCCGUUUAGCUACGAAAAUCUGUUUGCAUAUGUGUGUUACACGCCUACUCGAUAAUUUAAGUCGUUAUCCUCAAGAUCAAGAUAGUAUAUAUAAUUGUUUAGCGUCGAUGGGUGCAUCGCAUCCUUAUUUAACAUUACCACUCGUGCCUCAAUUAUUGGGACAACAUCCAUUUCUAGAUACACCCGAGCCAAACGUCGCUAUGCCAGCUUAUGUCAGCGUGCUGGUACUUAUAUUCAAUGCCGCUGCUCACUGUCCAAGUAUGCAUUCUCUUUUCACACAUCAUGCAGUCAAACAUUAUCACUACCUUCGAGAUACCAUGCCGCAUUUGGUACCGAGACUGAAGCCUGCACUGCUCAUCAGCAGUACUGGUCGAAUAGACGAGAAAUUAAUCGACGAGGAAAUCGAAGAUGAAAACGCUAGAAAAUUUUUAGAAAAAAUGAUUACUGCCGUGGAGAAUGCAAGACCCGGUGGUAGAGUGUAUACUCAACUAUUGGACGCAGCGGCAUCGGAUUUGGACAGAUUAGCCGAGAUGGAUUUACGAAUGGAAGGCGUCGCUAGAUUUUCGGCCUUAUACAUACGCUGUUUACUUUUAUUACGAUCGAUAAUCAAGGAAUUCACAAUUCCAUCCAAUACAUCGAUCUCCAAUACUUCGUCAAAUAUCAAAAAUAAAAUUACGUUACUCCACAAGUAUUCACAACAAUUGCUACGAUUAUUCAUUGGCCUUGGAGAUAACGAGAUGACUUUAGCCAACGACAUGUGGCUGAAGGCUUUGGCAUUGGAUUUGAUCCGGGCGACAAACAGCGAUACCGGAAGUGCUUUAUCCCUUGCUCGUCAAUUUCUCGCGGAGACGGAUUCUUUGCCACAAGACGCUUCGAAAUUACCACCAUUUUCGAAAGCUCUGGUCCAUCAAUUACCAGCGCUCGGCGAAGCGAAGCCUGGAACUCUCAUGAGACUCCUCUUGCCCUUACUCGUCAACAUUCCAUUGAAGGGCGAAGAGAAGCUUCCAAGGCCGUCGCCCUCGACCAAAUAUUGCCAGGCUAUCAUCGAAGAGCCCGUCAGUGAUUCCGACACGGUCCUCAAGUUUACGGGUGGUCUCAUAUUAGGUAUCCCAAUGACGGCUAAAAUACUAAAUCUUCGCGAUCCAAGUGCGGUGAGGAUCAAGUUACGCCAUCCGGAUCAGAAAGUUCAGCUGCUAUUGCCACGCAAGUCGGAUUUGAAAAUUCAGAACAGCGAAAAGUCAAAUAAUUACAGACUGCGAACGACGGUACUCCUGUCACACCAAGUAUGGAUGGAAGCCUGCUCUAUAGAUGUUUCCAUAGCGUUACUCGUGCCGUCUGAUACCCCCUGCACGCAUCAGCCCUUGGAUGAUCCCUGUGUGAUAGACUUGUGCAAGCCCACGAAAAUAUCCAUUUCACCCAAGCAAGUGAAGAGAGGCAUUUAAUUUUACGAAGUCGAACGUAGACUGCUGUGUAUAAUUUUGUAUAUUAUCGAUAAACCGAUUUCAUCGACACAUUA